CAUUAUCACCAAUAGCUAUAGAGGCUCAAAGAGCUGGUUACCCUACAGUAGAUGUGCCGCCACCACCUGUCGCAGCUUGGACUGCUCUUGUUGACUCUUCUAAAGUUCCAAAUGCUCCCGUCAGAAAAGCAGGUGAUCCUUGUGAUCCUAAAGAUCCAUUUUGCUAUUGGUCAUGUACUAAUUGUGUAAAAAAUGAGACUGAUGUUACCGUUUGUCCUCAAAAAGGAGAUUGGGGUAUUACAUAUGAUGAUGGUCCUUCACCAUUUACACCAAUAAUUCUAGACUAUCUUGGGUCGAAGGGUUUGAAAGCAACAUUUUUUGUUAUUGGUUCCAGAGCUACAAAUCAUCCGGAUGUUUUAUUGCGAGCAUCUAAAGAAGCUGAAUUAAAAUGGACCGAAAAAAUCAUCAAAGAAAUAACCGGACUUACUCCCAAAUAUAUGAGGCCGCCAAGAGGUGAUUAUGAUGAUCGUGUAAGGAAUAUAGCAACACAGUUGGGUUAUAAGUCUGUCAUAUGGGAUCACGAUACCUUUGAUUGGAUGUCUCAACAAGAUCCAAAAUACGAUUUAAAUUGGAUACCAGCAAAUUUCACACAAUGGGUAAACGAAGCAUCAACAACCGGUCAUGUUUCUUUGGAACAUGAUUUGUACCAACAAACUGUUGGAAAGGCUCCCAAAGCCAUUGAUAUCGUUAUUGGUGCUGGAUUUAAUAUUAAAACAAUUGCUAACUGUACGAACGAACUUCCUUAUCUCGAAAGUGUUGUAUUUGGUGGUGCCAAACCAGUAUCUGAUUCAACAAAUUUUAUCAUUUUACUGGUGCAAGGAUUUUUAUUAGACGAUAAACAAGCUGAAGAUAAAGAAGAGGAGAAAAUUGUUGCACUUGAUGAAGGUGAUAUUGCACUUCUUAAGACCUAUGGUCAAGGUCCAUAUGCAAAAGAAUUGAAAAAAAUAGAUUCUGAUAUAAAAGAUGUACAGAAACGAAUAAAUGAAAAGAUUGGUGUUAAGGAAUCAGAUACUGCUGGUGAAGGUGAAGAAGCAAAAUAUAUUAUAAAUGUAAAGCAAAUUGCAAAAUUUGUAGUGGCAUUAGGUGAGCGUGUUUCUCCAACUGAUAUUGAAGAAGGAAUGCGUGUUGGCGUUGAUCGUAAUAAAUAUCAGAUACAGAUACCAUUGCCACCAAAAAUUGAUCCUUCAGUAACAAUGAUGCAAGUUGAAGAAAAGCCUGAUGUUACAUAUAGUGAUGUUGGUGGUUGUAAAGAACAGAUUGAAAAACUUAGAGAAGUAGUGGAAUUACCAUUAUUACAGCCAGAGCGAUUUGUAAAUUUGGGUAUUGAUCCUCCUAAAGGUGUAUUGUUAUAUGGUCCUCCUGGUACUGGCAAGACUUUAUGUGCGCGUGCUGUGGCAAAUAGAACUGAUGCAACAUUUAUUAGAGUUAUUGGAUCUGAACUUGUACAAAAAUAUGUUGGAGAAGGUGCAAGAAUGGUUCGUGAGCUGUUUGAAAUGGCAAGAACUAAGAAGGCUUGUAUUAUAUUUUUUGAUGAAAUUGAUGCUAUUGGAGGUGCACGUUAUGAUGAUGGAGCUGGAGGUGACAAUGAAGUACAAAGAACCAUGUUGGAAUUAAUAAACCAAUUGGAUGGUUUUGAUCCACGUGGAAAUAUAAAAAUUUUGAUGGCUACAAAUAGACCUGAUACACUAGAUCCUGCACUUUUACGUCCAGGUCGUCUAGACCGUAAAGGUCGUACACAUAUUUUAAAGAUUCAUGCAAAAAGCAUGUCUGUAGAACGUGAUAUUCGUUAUGAACUUAUAGCUAGGCUUUGUCCAAAUAGCACCGGUGCUGAAUUAAGAAGUGUAUGUACAGAAGCAGGAAUGUUUGCUAUUCGUUCCAGAAGAAAGGUUGCAUCAGAAAAGGAUUUCUUGGAAUCUGUUAAUAAAGUUAUUAAGUCUUAUGCAAAAUUCUCUUCUACCCCAAGUAAAAAGUAUGAAAAAAGUUUUUAUAUUAAUUAUUAA